AUGACGCCGCCCGCGUCGAAAGCAUUCGCACCCGUCUCGCUCUCGCCAUCGCAAGCGACAAAGCUCGAGACAAUGAUGACGCAGCAGGUGCAGGACGCGCUCCUCGCCCGCACGAUGCAGCUCUCGAGCGACAACAAACUCGACGCCGAGUGGCGCCACGUCGGGUCGCUCGGCCACCUCAAAGCGUUCAAAAUCCGCGGCGUCGACUCGUUCAGCUCCACGUCGUCGUGGGCCACGACGCUCAAGCGCAGCAGUCGCGCCACUGCCUGUGCGGUCGAUGACCACUGCACCAGUUCGUCCACGUGCCCCCUCCCGUCGACCCUCCGGUCGCCCCGAAGUCGCUUCAACUCGUCCGUGUGCGCCCACCGGUCAGUGGGCGCCACCAUUGGCCGCCACGACCCCCUCGACCCGUGUCCCCCGCUCCAGUCCUCACGCAUCUUUGGCCGCGUCCAGGGCAACUACCGCGACAUUGUCGACGUCCACUUUGCGACGAACUCGGUGGACUUUGUCCAGCGACAGAAACUCCUCUCGCCCGGCGUCAUCGACGGCGCUGUGCUGCUCACUAUUCGGUCCACGGGCAGUGGCUACUUGGGCAUCAAGUGGCUCGCAGAGCACACGUUCGCUGGUAAGCGCGACGUGUGCUUUGUCGAGAUGACGGGGUACACGACCGACGCCAAUGGACAGGAAGUGGGUUUCGUCGCACUGGCGUCGGUCGACGUGCCCGAGUGCCCCGAGCUCACGGGCUCAAUGAAACUCACGCGCGUGCGCAUGAAGCGCACGAUGCUCGUGGUCCCGGCCGAAGACGAACCCGCGACGACCUCAGAGGUGUUUGUCAUGGCCGCCACGGAAGCGAACGAGUCGGCGCUCGUCGCCCUCGCGCAGUACCGCCUGAAGAUGGCCGUGCUCAACGACAUUUCGCUCGUCAUUGACUCGCAGAACAUUGCCAAGCAAAAGCUGGCGCCGCCCAAGCAGUGGGUCCCCGACGCGUGUCGGCCGUCCUGCAGCAUCUGCAACCGCAAGUUCCACUUUGUCAAUCGGAGACGGCACCACUGCCGACUCUGUGGCGACGUCGUGUGCAAAACGUGUUACGUCGUGCGGUCGGUGCCCGGCGGAGUGGAUCCGGACGAAGGACAGAGCGGCGAACCGGACAUUUGCCGCACAAAGUUCUGCGUGCGCUGCGUCGUGGGUCUCCGCGUAAUGGACAAACAGCUCGGGGGGUUCUCGCGGCGCAUCUCGAGGACGUUCACCGCCGACACUGCGAACCUGUCGGACAGCAGUUUCGCAGGCCACUCGUCGGCGUCGGGCACAAGCGACUCGCCGGUCACGUACUUUAAACGCGGUACGAACGCGAAACAUAUCUUGGAUCUCGGUCAGCUCUUCCGGAUCUCCAGUUCGCUGAACAUCGAUCCCGAAUUGGACACCAGUGAUGGAUUCGACGACAUUAAUGCGUGGGCCCGAUCUCUGGUGUUGCAAGAGUCUCGCAGCGACUAUGAGAUAUUCGUCUGA